AUGGCGAAGAAGUCGUCAAAGGAGCUGCGAGAGCUGUACGAGGAGUGUUCGAGACACGUUGAGAACUUACGGUACCACAAGCAGGAGCUGCUGGGUGUAUCGGAGUUAUUCGUCGUCAACAUUCUGUCGUCUUGCUUGGAUCGUGAGACUCGUGAGCAGUGGGAAGCUACCGUCAAGAAGGGUGAACUCCCGAAGCGGAGUGGCACGGGUGCGCCGGAAGUGAACGACGAGAACGAGCAGCAAGCAACGUCGUGUUUCAGCAGCGGAGCGCUGAAGUCACCGCAGCAGGUUCUGCUGCAGACAUCCAUCAUCAACGUGGCGGACAAGGCCGGCAGGUUCCAUCCGUGCCGCACGUUAUUGGAUUCUGGUUCCCAGGCGCACAUUUUGUCGGAGGCGAUGGCUCGAACCCUCGGCCUUACCUUCGAAAAGUGCAACAUGACGGUCAUUGGAGCCAACGCAGUGAAGACGCAAGCAAAGAAGGGAGUCAACCUUACCUUCUCGUCGAGGUACUGUCAGUUCCAAGACAACAUCUCGUGCCUGAUUUCGGACAAGCCCACGGGACGGAUCCCGUCGGCAAGAAUCGAGACAGCUGCUUGGCACAUCCCGAGCGACGUGUUCCUGGCAGACCCGAAGUUCAGCGAGCCGCACGAGAUCGACCUGGUCAUGGCGUCGAACUACGUGUGGGACUUGCUGCGAACGGAUCGAGUGAAACUGGCGAACGGUACCGUGACUCUGCGUGAAACUGAUCUGGGCUGGAUCGUGACCGGCGUGUACGACCCGUUCCAGCAGCUGAGUUGCCAAGUCGUCCACUCGAACAUCACGCUGAAGGAUCAGCUGAACAACGCCAUCGAGAAGUUCUGGCUGGUCGAAGAAUUUGCAGACAAGCAACUGCAAACCAACGAAGAACAGGAAGUGGAAGAGCACUUUCGCGGCACCCACGGCCGUGACGAAAGUGGCCGCUUCGUCGUCCAGUUGCCAUUCAAGGACACGGUUCUUGAGCUGGGAGACAACCGAGUCCAGGCGUUGAGGAGAUUCAACCUGCUGGAGUGCCGUCUGUCGCGCAACCCGGAACUCCGAGAACAGUACACGGCGUUCGUCGAAGAGUACGAGGCGCUGGGACACUGCAAGGAGAUUUAUGAGCAACAAGAUCCACCAGAAGUUCGUAAGUACUACCUGCCGCACCACGCUGUGCGGGUGGUUUUCGACGCCAGCGCCAAGGCCGGCAAGUACUCCCUGAACGAUGUGCUGAAGGUGGGACCGACCGUCCAGAACGACCUGUUCUCCAUCGUUCUCCGGUUCCGUCGUCAUCCGGUCGCAUUCACCGCCGACGUGGUGAAGAUGUAUCGGCAGGACCCGAACGAGCGCUUGCGAGUGCUUGAGCUGAACACCGUGACCUACGGAACGGCGAGCGCCCCGUUCCUCGCGACGCGGUGUCUGGUGGAGCAGGCGGAGUCGGCGAAAGGCCGGUUCCCAGCAGCCGCCAAGAUCGUGAUCGAGGACAUGUAUGUCGACGACAUGCUGUCCGGCGCCAGCAACGAGAAGGAAGCAGUGAAACUUGUGCUGGAAGUGAAGAAGAUCAUGGAAGAGGGAGGUUUCCCAGUGAAAAAGUGGUGCUCUAACUCAGAGCAAGUGUUGAAGUGUGUGCCUGAAGAAGAUCGGGAGAAGCCGAAACCGAUCGAAGAGUACAGUGCGAACGAAGCCAUCAAGGCUCUGGGUGUCCUGUGGGACCCACACGAGGAUGAGUUUCGUUUUGUGAACUUGUUUGACCCACUGAGCUUCGUAGCCCCAGUCAUCGUGCUGGCCAAAGCGUUCAUGCAGAAGUUGUGGGCCAGCAAGAUGGACUGGGCUACCGAACUAAACGAAGAGCUUCUGUGUGAGUGGUUCGAGAUUCGAGAGUCUCUAACAGCGCUGAACGAUAUUCGUGUGCCGCGAUGCGUCGUGGUGCCCAACACGGUUCUGCACGAGCUGCACGGGUUCGCUGACGCGUCGACCGUUGCCUACGGGGCCAACGUCUACCUGCGGUGUGUCCGCGGGAAUGGGUCGGCCGAGGCCAACCUGUUGUGCGCGAAAUCCCGAGUGGCUCCGCUGAGGAAGCUGUCCGUGCCGAACCUGGAGCUGUGUGCAGCGCUGUUGCUUGCGCGGCUCGCCGUGAAGGUCAUCGAAACACUGGAUCUGGAGCUGUCCGUCAUCGAGCUGUAUUCGGACAGCCAGAUUGUGCUCGCAUGGCUGAAGAAAGAUCCGAAUCUCCUGGAGACCUUCGUGCGCAACCGCAUCAUCCAAAUCCUCAACCUCACAGGUAAGUUCCGAUGGAAUUACGUGAGGUCAGCCGACAAUCCGGCAGACAUCGUCUCUCGAGGGAUGAGUCCCAAACUCUUGAGUCGGUGUCCGAAGUGGUGGAAGGGGCUUCUACCGCUGACGAGCGCUGCCUACGUUCCUGAAGAACCCCCCGAACUCGAGGACGACGAGCUGCCAGGGCUGGUAGCCAUCGUCUACAAAGUCACCGUCGUCGAGGAGAUGCUGGUGUUCAAACGGUUCGGCGAGUUUCGGAAACUCCAGCGCGUGAUCUGCUACGUGCGCAGAUUCGUCCAGAACUGCAGGAACAAGAAGUCUGGACAACCAAGGACAACGUGCGCCUACGUGACAGUUCCUGAAACGAGAGCGGCGUUAAAGUCCAUCAUCUGGUCGAUUCAAAUGGCAGCCUUACCAGAUGAGUUUUAUUUAGCGAAGACCGAACAAGCAUCCAGCCAGCUCGCGAGCCUGGCACCAAUCGUUGACGAGGACGGUCUGCUGAGAGUCGGCGGACGUCUGGAACAUUCGAGCCUCCCGUACGAGGCCAAGCAUCCCGUGAUCCUGCCUCGUCAUCACGUGACUACGUUGCUGGUCCGAGCGCUGCAUGUGGAGAACCUGCAUGUCGGCCCCUCCGGACUCCUGGCCAUCGUUCGACAGCAGUACUGGCCGCUGAAGGCGCGCAACGUAGUGCGCGACGUGACCCGCAAGUGCCUGCAGUGCUUCAAGGCCAACCCACGCAGGAUUGAACAGUUCAUGGGACAGCUUCCGGCGGAACGAGUGAACGUUGCCGCCCCCUUCGAGUACACCGGCGUGGACUACGCUGGACCUGUAACGGUGAAACAAGGCAAGUACAGACCCAAACUUACCAAAGCCUACAUCGCCGUGUUCGUUUGUCUGGUCACCAAGAACAUCCACCUGGAAUUGGUGUCAGACUUGACAACCGAGGCCUUCUUGGCCGCCCUGGAUCGCUUCGUCAACCGACGAGGCAUGGUGCGCAAGAUCUUUUCCGACAACGCGACGAAUUUCGUCGGGGCGUCACGAUCUUUGCGCGAAAUGCACGAGCUCUUCAAGCAGGACUUCCUAAAGCGCGGAAUCCAGGAUUUGCUCGUGCCCAAAGCCAUCGAGUUGAGCUUCAUCCCGCCCAGGGCUCCCAACUUCGGCGGAUUGUGGGAGGCGGGCGUGGAGAGCGUCAAGACACACCUGAAAAGAACGCUGCAGAACGCGGUGCUUACCUUCGAAGAAUUUGCUACCAUCUUGACGCACGUUGAAGCGGUCUUGAACUCUCGGCCGCUCUUCAGCUUGUCGGACAGCCCCGGAGAUCCUCUUCCGAUAACUCCGGCGCAUCUUCAACUCGGCAGGCCGCUGCGUCCUGUCGCCAAGCCCUCCCGUAGCGGUGUCGCGGACAACCGUCUGAACCGCUGGGAGUACCUGGACAAGCUUCGUGAGUGCUUCUGGGGCCGCUGGUCCAGAGAGUACUUAACGAGUCUGCAGAAUCGUGCGAAGUGGACCAAGAAAUCACACAACCUGCAGUCCGGAAUGCUGUUCCUUCUCGUCGAAGACAACCUCCCGUCGCAGACCUGGAAGGUCGGCAUCAUCGUCGAGACUUACCCCGGAAUUGACGCGCUGGUGCGUGUCGUGGACGUGAAGACCGGUUCUGGAGCGGUCUUCAAACGGUCGGUUUCCAAACUGGCACCCUUGCCGACCGUGGACAACGACCGUCUUCUGGAGCGUUUCGGUACUUCGGAGUAG